AUGGCAGCGUCGUCAGAGAAAAUACCCAUUGCUUUAGCUGGUCCCGAGGAUUUACACCAGUUUAUGCCACCUGCUUACACAGCGGUGACUGUCAAGCCCUCUCACUCGGGACGUCUGCUCAAAGUCGGAGUUGCGGUGCUUAUUGUUGGAGCUGCGCUUCUCCUCUUUGGAGCCAUUGGCGCUUUUUAUUUCUGGAAUGUCAACGACAAGCAUGUGUACAAUGUCCACUACAGCAUGAGCAUCAAUGGGAAGGUGGAGGAGGGGUCCAUGGAGAUUGACCCUGUCAACAACCUGGAGAGGUUCCGCACGGGGAGCGGAAGUGAUGAGGCCAUGGAGGUCCAUGACUUUCACAUCGGUAUCACUGGAAUCCGCUUCGCCGGUGGAGAAAAGUGCUAUAUCAAGACUCAAGCCAAGGGUCAGCUCCCUGACGUGGAGAGCCUGAACAAGGACUCAUUGAUGUUUGACUUGGAGGACGAGAUAAUGCCGGCCAAGUUUGAGGAGGAGUCUCUCAUCUGGGUGGCCUCGGACACGCCCCUCAAGGACAGCAGCUUCCUGAGCACCAAGAUCCUGGACCUGUGCGCCGACCUGCCAAUCUUCUGGCUCCGGCCCACCUACCCCAACGGCGGCCAGAAGAAGAGGAGAGCCCUGCCGUCGCGUGCCAGGCGCCAGGUGGUGGGUCCGGAGGACGAGGAGGAGCCACCCUUCAACCCUGAGAACCCCUACCACCGCGGCAUGGAGGGCGAGGAGGGCACCAUGACCUUUGACCCGAUGCUGGACCACACCGGCGUGUGCUGCACGGAGUGCCGGCGGAGCUACACCCAGUGCCAGCGCAUCUGCGAGCCCCUGGGCGGCUACCACCCCUGGCCUUACCACUACCGCGGUUGCCGCUCGGCGUGCCGCGUCAUCAUGCCCUGCCGCUGGUGGGUCGGGCGCAUCCUGGGCAUCCUCUAAGACGCUGGCACCAAGCAGCGCUAACACCUCCGUGCUGUGUGUGCCAGAGUGUAUGGCCAGUGAGAGAGUGUACUACAGAGUUCCCUCAACACCUUGUGCAGACUCUGGCAUUGAAGCAACACAUUUUGUGUGAGUUGUGAUCCGUACAGGCAAUUCA